GUCCGCGGCGCCACGGUAACCCGCCGACGGCGCGGGCUACUGGUACCCGCGUGGAGGAGGCGCAGGCGGCCCUGGGGCAAUGGAGCCUGGUGACACGGCGCGCCCGGGCCCUGGGCGGGCUGUCCGUGCGCUGCGGCCACGGCUACUGCUGCUACCACUGUUGCCGCUGCUACUGGGUCGGGGGCUGCGUGCUGGGGCCGCGGCCUCCUCUUCUGGGGCGGCGGCUGAGGACAGCAGCGCCAUGGAGGAGCUAGCCACUGAGAAGGAGGCAGAGGAGAGCCACCGGCAAGAUAGCGUGAGCCUGCUCACCUUCAUCCUGCUGCUCACCCUCACCAUCCUCACCAUCUGGCUGUUCAAGCACCGCCGGGUGCGCUUCCUGCACGAGACCGGACUGGCCAUGAUUUAUGGACUCAUCGUCGGGGUGAUCUUGAGAUAUGGCACCCCUGCCACCAGUGGCCGUGACAAGUCACUCAGCUGUACUCAGGAAGACAGGGCCUUCAGCACCUUAUUAGUGAAUGUCAGUGGGAAGUUCUUUGAAUACACUCUGAAAGGAGAAAUCAGCCCUGGCAAGAUCAACAGUGUAGAACAGAAUGACAUGCUGCGGAAGGUAACAUUUGAUCCAGAGGUAUUUUUCAACAUUCUGCUGCCUCCAAUUAUUUUUCAUGCUGGGUACAGUUUAAAGAAGAGACACUUUUUCAGAAAUCUUGGCUCAAUUUUGGCCUAUGCCUUCUUGGGGACUGCUGUUUCUUGCUUCAUUAUUGGAAAUCUCAUGUAUGGUGUGGUGAAGCUCAUGAAGAUUGUGGGACAGCUCUCUGAUAAGUUUUACUACACAGAUUGUCUGUUUUUUGGAGCAAUUAUCUCUGCCACUGACCCAGUGACUGUGCUGGCGAUAUUUAAUGAAUUGCAUGCAGAUGUGGAUCUUUAUGCACUUCUGUUUGGAGAGAGCGUCCUAAAUGAUGCUGUUGCCAUUGUACUGUCCUCGUCUAUUGUUGCCUACCAGCCAGCAGGGCUGAACACUCAUGCCUUUGAUGCUGCUGCCUUUUUUAAGUCAGUUGGCAUUUUCCUAGGUAUAUUUAGUGGCUCUUUUACCAUGGGAGCUGUGACUGGUGUGGGUGCUGACGUGACCAAGUUUACCAAGCUGCACUGCUUCCCCCUGCUGGAGACGGCGCUCUUUUUCCUGAUGUCUUGGAGUACAUUUCUCUUGGCAGAAGCCUGUGGAUUUACAGGUGUUGUAGCUGUUCUUUUCUGUGGGAUCACACAAGCUCAUUAUACCUACAACAAUCUCUCAGUGGAAUCAAGAAGUCGAACCAAGCAGCUGUUUGAGGUGUUACACUUCCUGGCAGAGAACUUCAUCUUCUCCUACAUGGGCCUGGCGCUGUUUACCUUCCAGAAGCACGUUUUCAGCCCCAUUUUCAUCAUUGGCGCUUUUGUUGCUAUCUUCCUGGGCAGAGCUGCACAUAUCUACCCACUCUCCUUCUUCCUGAACUUGGGUAGAAGGCAUAAGAUUGGCUGGAAUUUUCAACACAUGAUGAUGUUUUCAGGCCUCAGGGGAGCCAUGGCCUUUGCUUUGGCCAUCCGUGACACAGCAUCCUAUGCUCGCCAGAUGAUGUUCACAACCACCCUCCUUAUUGUCUUCUUCACCGUCUGGAUCAUUGGUGGAGGCACAACCCCCAUGUUGUCAUGGCUUAAUAUAAGAGUUGGUGUGGAGGAGCCCUCCGAAGAGGACCAGAACGAACACCGAUGGCAAUACUUCAGAGUUGGUGUUGACCCAGAUCAAGAUCCACCACCCAACAAUGACAGCUUUCAAGUCUUACAAGGGGAUGGUCCAGAUUCUGCUGGAGGAAACCGUACAAAGCAGGAGAGUGCAUGGAUAUUCAGGCUGUGGUACAGCUUUGACCACAAUUACUUGAAGCCCAUCCUCACACACAGCGGCCCCCCUCUAACCACCACUCUUCCCGCCUGGUGUGGUUUGCUGGCCCGAUGUCUGACUAGUCCCCAGGUGUAUGACAACCAAGAGCCACUGAGAGAAGAAGAUUCUGAUUUCAUCCUGACCGAGGGUGACCUCACCUUGACCUAUGGAGACAGCACAGUGACUGCCAAUGGCUCCUCAGGCUCCCACACAGCCUCCACGAGUCUUGAGGGUGGUCGGAGAACAAAGAGCAGCUCUGAGGAAGUGCUGGAGCGAGACCUGGGAAUGGGAGACCAGAAGGUUUCAAGCCGGGGUACCCCUCUUGUGUUUCCUCUUCAGGAAAAUGCGUGACUGUCCCCCAAAAUCCUGAAAUGCUGGGGUAGGCCCCUGGAGUUGAGGAUGGCUACAUGCCCCAGUGUUGUUUGAGGUGGGGCAUUGACUGGAUUGAACUAAUGCUUCUAUUUUGUUGGGGUUUGAAGCUAUCUUAACACUUAAAAUUUAACCCAAGACUCAGAUGGUGAAGCUAGAGUGUCUCUAAAUCAAGACGAAAGCAGAUCUAUUCCCACUUUUUCACAUAGUAGUGCGCUGUUUCAGAGUUAAGCAAACACAAAAAUAGCAUGCUUUCAUGGUCUCUUAAUUCAUCCACCCGUGCUCUUUGAAUAAGGCAGGGCAAGUAUUGGAUUUUCUACCCAUGAGAAGCUUCAUCUCAGCACAUAGCAGUGCCAGUCUAGCUGGCUUGAGGAACAUCAAGUCAGGGGAGAACAGGCUAGAAGAAAGACCAUGAAGGAAGGCAGUUGAGAUUGGCCCACCAAGAAUUCUGGGAUGCUGGUGUUAAACGGGACAGAAAAAGCUAUUUGAAUGGAGGCCCUGGCACUGAAGGCUACAGGACUGCAUUCUCCUAUCAGGAUCCCUGACUUUAUGCAACCUGUGUUUUCUUCUAGACUAAAGAUUAGAAAUGAUAUCCAUGAACAUUUCAGUGUGGGGAAAAGAAUUCUAGUUUCUUCUCUGGAAAUCUUUAUAAAGAAGUUACUGGGAUGUUUAAAACCAAAGGCAAAUUGUGUUAUUCUAUUGUUUUUAAAUUAAUCUGAGGACAGAAGGGGUUUAGAAAACGAUGGUAUCACUGCAAGAAUCAUUUAACUUUUGAGGGCUACCAGAUAGCCCACUACCUGGAAAAAUGAUCAGUAAGACCAUAGAGUUAGAGAUAACACCAUAGAGUUAGAGAUAAUGCCAAAAUUUGUAGGAUGCUUUUAUCAGGGAAAGAAAAAGCAGCAAGAACCCAAACAGGCAAUAGGCUAGUAUUCAGAGGGAAAGGGAUCUCAAUGUGAAAAUAAAACCUGCAAAGAAAAUACAAGAUAGGCAUCUUAAGACUCAGUAAAAUUCCAAACGUUGAGCUGAUGUAUGCAUGCUAUUCAGUGGCCACAUGAGAAAUCGGAGUAAGCAUUAUUCAACCCAAUAGAAAGUUUCAUCUUAGAUAGGAUUAGGAAUCAGGUGUCUUUACAGCAAGUAUCAUUUUCUGGAUAUCUGGAGAGAGUAUUGCACCAGCUUAAUUUGUGGAUGUGGUUUGAAACCGGUUUUCAAUUUGUGUUCUUUCUGGGUGAAAUAUUCUGCCUGCCCACACCUGUGGUAGGUGAAAUACUGAGAGAACUCUUGGGACAGUUUUUUUCUCCACUCAUCUCUGUGCUUUAGUGCUAGCAUUGUUGGCAAAUCAAUUUCUAAAACAAAUGUCUUCAAAAUGUGAGUAUUUUUCUUCCUAUGGUAGACAAAUUAGUGUCUUAGUACCAUACACCCAUAAUGAAUCAGCCAUUUAACCUUCUUAACUCACAUCUUUUUUGUUGUUGUUUAUUUUUUUAUUUAUUUAUUUUAUGUGGUGUCGGGGAUUAAACCCAGUGCCUCAUGCAUGCUAGGCAAGCUACCACUGAGCCACAACCCCAGCCCCCUAACUCACACUUUUCAUGGUUAAUUUCUCUCUUGCCCAGGCUGGCCUUGAACUCCUGGGCCCAGGUGAUCCUCCUCUCCCAACCUCCCAGUAGUUAGGACUAUAGGCACGGGCCACCAUGGUAAUUGUUAUUUUUAAAAUGGGUCAUAGCUUUACAACUUUCAGAGUUUUAACUGGUAAUUUGUUUAAGUAAGGAAAAAUUUAUUUGAUGAGGUUGAGCCACAUGAGAUUGAUGAUUUUCAACUAUUUUUUCAAAAUCCAAAAUAGCAGUUUCAUAUAGAUUAAUAUAAGAUAAUUGAAUGCAUUUUAUUCAUCUCUCUCCUUUCCAUAGUAAAGUACA